UGAGGCUUUAUCACGAACACUCCUCAUUCAGUCAGUCAUCAGUAGGACAGGAUGGAGCUCCAUCCACUUGAUGUGAUGCUCCUGCUGAUGGGACUCAUUUGCUGCAUAGUAACAGAUUACCCCAUGCCUGGCCCUGAGCUUGCCGCCAUGAUGAAAAUCGGCACCAGAGUGAUGAGAGGACAGGACUGGAGGUGGGGCAAUCAGGACGGCCCUUCUCCAGGUUUGGGCAGAGUGAUCAGCAAGCUUACGGAGAAUGGCUGGAUCAGAGUGCAGUGGGACACCGGCAACACAAACAGCUACAGGAUGGGCAACGAGGGCAAAUACGAUCUGAACCUGGCUGUGUUGAGUUUUCCCACAUCCGGCCCUGAGCUUGCCGCUAUGAUGAAGAUCGGCACCAGAGUGAUAAGAGGACAGGACUGGAAGUGGAACAAUCAGGAUGGCCCUGCUCCUGGUUUGGGCCGAGUGAUCAGCACGCUUAGGCAGGAUGGAUGGAUCAGUGUGCAGUGGGAUACCGGCAGCACAAACAGCUACAGGAUGGGCAACGAGGGCAAAUACGAUCUGAAGCUGGCUGUGUUGAAGAGUCCAAAACCUGUGGUAAUUAUAAAUCCAGAUACACAGGUGUUUAGAGGAGAGAGAGUGACUUUUAGGUGUGACACACAGACAGGAGGAGACACUGAGUGGACAUACAGCUGGUAUAAGAAUGAUAAACCACACAGCACAACACAGGAGUUAAUAAUCAGCUCAGUGACAGACUCUGACAGUGGUAACUACACCUGCAUAGGGAUGAAAAAUGAUUCUCAGCUUUCAGAGUUCAGUAAUGCUUUUACACUCUUUGUAUCAGAAAAACCCAAACCAACUGUGAGAGUGAAUCCUCAGAGCUCCAUCUACACUGGAGACAGAGUUACUCUGAGCUGUGAUCUGCAGUCUACUGGAUGGACUUUUCUCUGGUACAAAGAUAAUCAAAAGACUAAUCCCCUGUCUGCUAAAGCCCAAGACAACAACACACUCAGUGUCACUGUCUCUAAUGAAGGACAAAUAAUGUACCACUGUAAAGCACGCAGGGGAAUCUUCGAGUCAGAGUUCAGUAAUCCAGCUACAAUUACAGUGAGAGAGAGACCAAAGUCGGUAGUGAAAGUCCAGCCACCUGCGAGUGUGUUCAUUGGGGAAAGCGUCACUCUCACAUGUGAGAUACAGACUGGAGGAUCCUGGCAGUACCACUGGUAUAGAGAUAAUACAGAACUCAGUGAUGCUGCAGGAGAGAAAACAUAUACAAUCACUGAUGUUAAAGAGUCUAAUAAAGGUGAUUAUACAUGUAAAGGAACAAAGUCAUCAGACCCAAAAUACACACAGACCAGUGCUGCUGUUACACUGACUGUAUCAGAUUACCCCAUGCCUGGCCCUGAGCUUGCCGCCAUGAUGAAAAUCGGCACCAGAGUGAUGAGAGGACAGGACUGGAGGUGGGGCAAUCAGGACGGCCCUCCUCCAGGUUUGGGCAGAGUGAUCAGCAAGCUUACGGAGAAUGGCUGGAUCAGAGUGCAGUGGGACACCGGCAACACAAACAGCUACAGGAUGGGCAACGAGGGCAAAUACGAUCUGAACCUGGCUGUGUUGAGUUUUCCCACAUCCGGCCCUGAGCUUGCCGCUAUGAUGAAGAUCGGCACCAGAGUGAUAAGAGGACAGGACUGGAAGUGGAACAAUCAGGAUGGCCCUGCUCCUGGUUUGGGCCGAGUGAUCAGCACGCUUAGGCAGGAUGGAUGGAUCAGUGUGCAGUGGGAUACCGGCAGCACAAACAGCUACAGGAUGGGCAACGAGGGCAAAUACGAUCUGAAGCUGGCUGUGUUGAAGAGUCCAAAACCUGUGGUAAUUAUAAAUCCAGAUACACAGGUGUUUAGAGGAGAGAGAGUGACUUUUAGGUGUGACACACAGACAGGAGGAGACACUGAGUGGACCUACAGCUGGUAUAAGAAUGAUAAACCACACAGCACAACACAGGAGUUAAUAAUCAGCUCAGUGACAGACUCUGACAGUGGUAACUACACCUGCAUAGGGAUGAAAAAUGGGUCUCAGCUUUCAGAGUUCAGUAAUGCUGUUACACUCUUUGUAUCAGAGAAACCCAAAGCGACUGUGAGAGUAAAUCCUCAGAGCUCUAUUUACAUUGGAGACAGAGUUACUCUAAGCUGUGAUCUGCAGUCUACUGGAUGGACUUUUCUCUGGUACAAAGAUCAGAGGAUUAAUCCGCUGUCUCCUGGAGUCCGAGACAACACAAUCAGUGUGACAGUCACUAAUGAAAGACGAAAAAUGUACUACUGUAAAGCUCGCAGGGGAAACUACGAGUCAGAGUUCAGUGAUCCAACCACAAUUACAGUGAGAGAUUACCCCAUGCCUGGCCCUGAGCUUGCCGCCAUGAUGAAAAUCGGCACCAGAGUGAUGAGAGGACAGGACUGGAGGUGGGGCAAUCAGGACGGCCCUCCUCCAGGUUUGGGCAGAGUGAUCAGCAAGCUUACGGAGAAUGGCUGGAUCAGAGUGCAGUGGGACACCGGCAACACAAACAGCUACAGGAUGGGCAACGAGGGCAAAUACGAUCUGAACCUGGCUGUGUUGAGUUUUCCCACAACCGGCCCUGAGCUUGCCGCUAUGAUGAAGAUCGGCACCAGAGUGAUAAGGGGACAGGACUGGAUGUGGGACAAUCAGGAUGGUCCUCUUCCGGGUCUGGGCAGAGUGAUCAGCGAGCUAGGGAAGGACGGCUGGAUCUAUGUGCAGUGGGACACUGGCAACACGAACAGAUAUAGGAUUGGCUUGGAGGGCAAAUACGAUCUGAAGCUGGCCGUGUUGAAGAGUCCAAAACCUGUGGCGACUAUAAAGCCUGAUACACAGGUGUACAGAGGAGAGAGAGUGACUUUCAGGUGUGACACACAGACAGGAGGAGACACUGAGUGGACAUACAGCUGGUAUAAGAAUGAUACACCACACAGCACAACACAGGAGUUAAUCAUCAGCUCAGUGACAGACUCUGACAGUGGUAACUACACCUGCAUAGGGAUAAAAAAUGAUUCUCAGCUUUCAGAGUUCAGUAAUGCUUUUACACUCUUUGUAUCAGAAAAACCCAAACCAACUGUGAGAGUGAAUCCUCAGAGCUCCAUCUACACUGGAGACAGAGUUACUCUGAGCUGUGAUCUGCAGUCUACUGGAUGGACUUUUCUCUGGUACAAAGAUAAUCAAAAGACUAAUCCCCUGUCUGCUAAAGCCCAAGACAACAACACACUCAGUCUGACAGUCUCUAAUGAAGGACGAAUAAUGUACUACUGUAAAGCUCACAGGGAAAACUACAAGUCAGAUUUCAGUGAUCUAGCUACAAUUACAGUGAGAGAGAGACCAAAGUCGGUAGUGAAAGUCCAGCCAGCUGCGAGUGUGUUCAUUGGGGAAAGCGUCACUCUCACAUGUGAGAUACAGACUGGAGGAUCCUGGCAGUACCACUGGUAUAGAGAUAAUACAGAACUCAGUGAUGCUGCAGGAGAGAAAACAUAUACAAUCACUAAUGCUAAAGAGUCUAAUAAAGGUGAUUAUACAUGUAAAGGAACAAAGUCAUCAGACCCAAAAUACACACAGACCAGUGCUGCUGUUACACUGACUGUAUCAGAAAAACUGAAACCUGAACUCACAUCAGAACGCAAAGGAGCUGCACUGACAGGAAACCUAGUGACUCUGACCUGUACACUGAAGCUGCAGUCUAAUGGGUGGAAGUUUUACUGGAUCACACCCACACAGAGCACUGAGACUGAAACUAAAACACAUUCCUACACCAUCAGAUCAGUUAGUGUCUCUGAUGGAGGUCAGUACAGGUGCAGAGCUGGAAGAGGAAACCCAGUCUACUACACGAACAGCAGUGAUGCACUCUGGGUAAAUGUUACUGAGAGUCCAAAACCUGUGGUGAUUAUAAAUCCUGAUACACAGGUGUUUAGAGGAGAGAGAGUGACUUUCAGGUGUGACAUACAGACAGGAGGAGACACUGAGUGGACAUACAGCUGGUAUAAGAAUAAUAACACACACAGCACAACACAGGAGUGGAUCAUCAGCUCAGUUAGAGACUCUGACGGGGGUAAAUACACCUGCAGAGGGAGGAGGAGAGACUCUCAGCUCUCACAGAUCAGUGAUGCUGUUACACUCUCUGUAUCAGAAAAACCCAAAGCGAGUGUGAGAGUGAAUCCUCAGAGCUCCAUCUACACUGGAGACAGAGUUACUCUGAGCUGUGAUCUGCAGUCUACUGGAUGGACUUUUCUCUGGUACAAAGAUAAUCAAAAGACGAAUCCCCUGUCUGCUAAAGCCAGAGACAACAACACACUCAGUCUGACAGUCUCUAAUGAAGGACAAAUAAUGUACCACUGUAAAGCACGCAGGGGAAUCUUCGAGUCAGAGUUCAGUAAUCCAGCUACAAUUACAGUGAGAGAGAGACCAAAGUCGGUAGUGAAAGGCCAGCCACCUGAGAGUGUGUUCAUUGGGGAAAGCGUCACUCUCACAUGUGAGAUACAGACUGGAGGAUCCUGGCAGUACCACUGGUAUAGAGAUAAUACAGAACUCAGUGAUGCUGCAGGAGAGAAAACAUAUACAAUCACUGAUGUUAAAGAGUCUAAUAAAGGUGAUUAUACAUGUAAAGGAACAAAGUCAUCAGACCCAAAAUACACACAGACCAGUGCUGCUGUUACACUGACUGUAUCAGAAAAACUGAAACCUGAACUCACAUCAGAACGCAAAGGAGCUGCACUGACAGGAAACCUAGUGACUCUGACCUGUACACUGAAGCUGCAGUCUAAUGGGUGGAAGUUUUACUGGAUCACACCCACACAGAGCACCGAGACUGAAACUAAAACACAUUCCUACACCAUCAGAUCAGUUAGUGUCUCUGAUGGAGGUCAGUACAGGUGCAGAGCUGGAAGAGGAAACCCAGUCUACUACACACACUACAGUGAUGCACUCUGGGUAAAUGUUACUGAGAGUCCAAAACCUGUGGUGAUUAUAAAUCCUGAUACACAGGUGUUUAGAGGAGAGAGAGUGACUUUCAGGUGUGACAUACAGACAGGAGGAGACACUGAGUGGACAUACAGCUGGUAUAAGAAUAAUAACACACACAGCACAACACAGGAGUGGAUCAUCAGCUCAGUUAGAGACUCUGACGGGGGUAAAUACACCUGCAGAGGGAGGAGGAGAGACUCUCAGCUCUCACAGAUCAGUGAUGCUGUUACACUCUCUGUAUCAGAAAAACCCAAACCAACUGUGAGAGUGAAUCCUCAGAGCUCCAUCUACACUGGAGACAGAGUUACUCUGAGCUGUGAUCUGCAGUCUACUGGAUGGACUUUUCUCUGGUACAAAGAUAAUCAAAAGACUAAUCCCCUGUCUGCUAAAGCCAGAGACAACAACACACUCAGUGUCACUGUCUCUAAUGAAGGACAAAUAAUGUACCACUGUAAAGCACUCAGGGGAAUCUUCGAGUCAGAGUUCAGUAAUCCAGCUACAAUUACAGUGAGAGAGAGACCAAAGUCGGUAGUGAAAGUCCAGCCACCUGAGAGUGUGUUCAUUGGGGAAAGCGUCACUCUCACAUGUGAGAUACAGACUGGAGGAUCCUGGCAGUACCACUGGUAUAGAGAUAAUACAGAACUCAGUGAUGCUGCAGGAGAGAAAACAUAUACAAUCACUGAUGUUAAAGAGUCUAAUAAAGGUGAUUAUACAUGUAAAGGAACAAAGUCAUCAGACCCAAAAUACACACAGACCAGUGCUGCUGUUACACUGACUGUAUCAGAAAAACUCAAACCUGAACUCACAUCAGAACGCAAAGGAGCUGCACUGACAGGAAACCUAGUGACUCUGACCUGUACACUGAAGCUGCAGUCUAAUGGGUGGAAGUUUUACUGGAUCACACCCACACAGAGCACUGAGACUGAAACUAAAACACAUUCCUACACCAUCAGAUCAGUUAGUGUCUCUGAUGGAGGUCAGUACAGGUGCAGAGCUGGAAGAGGAAACCCAGUCUACUACACACACUACAGUGAUGCACUCUGGGUAAAUGUUACUGAGAGUCCAAAACCUGUGGUGAUUAUAAAACCUUAUACACAAGUGUACAGAGAAGAGAGAGUGACUUUCAGGUGUGACAUACAGACAGGAGGAGACAGUGUAUGGACAUACAGCUGGUAUAAGAAUAAUACCAUGAAUAACACACACAGCACAACACAGGAGUUGAUCAUCAGCUCAGUUGGAGACUCUGACAGGGGUAAAUACACCUGCAGAGGGAGGAGGAGAGACUCUCAGCUCUCACAGAUCAGUGAUGCUGUUACACUCUCUGUAUCAGAAAAACCUAAACCAACUGUGAGAGUGAAUCCUCAGAGCUCCAUCUACACUGGAGACAGAGUUACUCUGAGCUGUGAUCUGCAGUCUACUGGAUGGACUUUUCUCUGGUACAAAGAAAAUCCCCUGUCUCCUAAAGCCCGAGACAACAACACACUCAGUGUGACAGUCUCUAAUGAAGGACAAAUAAAGUACUACUGUAAAGCACUCAGGGGAAACUACGAGUCAGAGUUCAGUGAUUCAGUCACAAUUACGAUUAGAGAGAGAUCAAAGUCUAUAGUGACUUUUCAGCCAGCUGAGAGUGUGUUCAUUGGAGAAAGCGUCACUCUCACAUGUGAGAUACAGACUGGAGGAUCCUGGCAGUACCACUGGUAUAGAGAUAAUAAAGAACUCAGUGAUGCUGCAGGAGAGAAAACACACACAAUCACUGAUGUUAAAGAGUCUAAUAAAGGUGAUUAUACAUGUAAAGGAACAAAGUCAUCAGACCCAAAAUACACACAGACCAGUGCUGCUGUUACACUGACUGUAUCAGAAAUGCCGAAACCUGAGCUCACAUCAGACCUUAAAAGAGCUGCACUGGCAGGAAACUCAGUGACUCUGACCUGUACACUGAAGCUGCAGUCUACUGGAUGGAAGUUUUACUGGAAUAAAGACAUGGAGAGUAAUGAGACGGAGACUGAAAUAUUUCACUACUUCAUCCGAUCAGUUAGUGUCUCUGAUGGAGGUCAGUACAGAUGCAGAGCUGGAAGAGGAAACCCAGUCCACUACACACACUACAGUGAUGCAAUCUGGAUAAAUGUUACUGGUGAAUCUCCUCCAGUGUCUCUAAUCAUCAGUCCUAGCAGAACUCAACACUUUACCGCUGACUCUCUCUCACUAAGCUGUGAGGACCAGAGAGACUCUACUGGAUGGACAGUGAGACGAUACACACACAGUGACACAUUGUUCAAUUGUUCAUCAGUUUUAAGAUCUACAUGUAACAUCAGCUCCCUCUCUACAUCACACACUGGAGUUUACUGGUGUCAGUCUGAAUCUGGAGAACACAGUAAUUCUCUCUACAUUUCAGUGCACAAUGGUGAUGUGAUCCUGGAGAGUCCUGUCCAUCCUGUAACUGAGGGAAAUCCUCUGACUCUACGCUGUUUAUAUCGCAACACAAAGAUCUCAGACUCUGGUGCUGAUUUCUAUAAAGAUGAUUCAGUUCUCCAGAAGCAGACUACAGGAGAGAUGACCAUCAGUAGUAUCUCAAAGUCAGAUGAAGGUUUCUACCACUGUACACACCCAGAGAGAGGAGAGUCACCGAAAAGCUGGGUUUCAGUCAGAGUUUCAGCUUCUGGAUUGUCUGGUAUAAUUAUAGGACCGAGUUUGGCCUUAAUGUUUGUGAUUUUAAUGGUCUUACUGAUCCUGCUGCUGUGCUACAGGAAGAAAAAAGGUGUAAAGUAUCAGAUUUCGUCUGCAGUAAAUCAGGGCACCAGUCAGUCUGCAGAUGAUUCUAUAGCUGGAACCAGUAUAAUCCUCUUACAUGUUGGCAUUAAAGAAAACAAACAGAAUGAACAGAACAGUGAAGGAGCUGAUGUUGUGUAUUCAGACCUGAAGCAGAACACAGAUAAAGGUCUGUGAAGAAAGUCUAAAGGCUCCAAACAGGAAAUGUUAAAACAGCCGAAGAACAUUGUGAUUACAUAUAUAACAGGGCAUGUUGCAGUUUUUGGAAAACUUGAUUUUUGCUUGCUUCAGAUGUAGACAUUGUACAAACUUCUAAUAUGGAUAUGGAUUUUCCCUUGUGUUUUACAAAAGGCUAGAACUUGGCUUUAUACAUCUUAAAAUAAAUUGCCAUUUUUUUUUAUUUACCAGAUCAGUACAGUUUAUAAACUGACAGUGUUCAAUUACAAUAAAUAAAUUAAUAAAUACAAAAAUACUUUAAAAAAUUCCCUUAAGGAGUUCCUUCAACAAGUACGUUCUUACAUUCAUUCAAGUAAUAAUAAUAAUAAUAAUAAUUAUUAUUAUUAUUAUUAUUAUUAGUAGUAGUAGUAGUAGGGGUAGUUUUUUUUUUUUGUGUGCUUACUUACACAUGGUAUUAACCUACUAUGUUUGUAAAGAAAGCAAAAGUCCCGCAUUAAAUUACCAUACUUUUUUUUUUUACUGCAUUAAACAAUAAUCUUAAGUCAUUGACUGAUAUUGCAUCUAUUAUUAGGUAUGAUUUGAAAUAUUUGUUCAGUUAUUUUUAUAAUAAUAAUAAUACUAUAUGAUUCUGUAUUUGUAAUUAUUAAGAAAAACAAAUAAUCAAAAGAAUGUAAUUUUAUCAUUUUAAUAUAAAAAUAAAUAUAAGUCUGUACACAUGCUGUAAAGAGAUUUUAUUAAUAAUUCAUUAAUAAUAAUUAAUAUUUUUUAUUAUAUUUUGUAUAUUUUGUAUCUUUCAUAAUUUUGUUUUUAAUGUGCAAUUGUAAACAUCAUUUUCCAAAUUUUAUAUUUAGUAUUCUAGACUAUAUCAUUAGUUUUAAUCAUUCAUUAAAUGUGCAUUGCCAAGUAUGCAAGUAUAUAAAGUAUACAAGGUCAAACAUGUUGAACAGAAUUAACUGUUAUUAUUAAUAUAUGACAUACAGUAUGUUAAUCACUUUUAACACUAACUCACUCAUCGCCUACACCCAGUUUGGGUUGUUUUUAACCCAGCUGCUGGGUAAAUAUUGGACUAACUACAUGCUGGGUUAAUUUAACCCAGCAAAAUGGUUUAUUUGUUUAACCCAGCAAGAUGGGUUAAAUAUUCAACCCAAAUGCUAGGUCAUAUU